GUUACACCAACGUGACUCCAGGCAGCUGUACCUGUACCAAGUUCCGAGACACAGUUUACUGACUUGUUCAUUUGAGAUUAUUAUUUCUGAAUAUCUGAUAAACGGAAAAGACGAAGAUGGAAUCCGAAAAAACUCCAAAAUGCAUAAAAUAUAUGUUGUUUUUACUCAAUUUUAUUUUUUGGUUAUGUGGAAUGGCCAUGGUGGCACUGGGUGUGUGGAUCUUAUUGGAUUUCCCGGCAUACCUAGAAGUACUAGACAAUGCGUUUUUACAGAGUGCGGUGUAUCUUUUAAUUGGUGUCGGAGCUGUUGUGACGGUAGUGGCUUUUCUCGGAUGCUGUGGAGCAAUAAUGGAAAAAAAAGCAAUGUUGAUCAUGUACACGUGUUUGGUCAUGCUGAUGUUGCUGGCUGAAAUAGCAUUGGCGGGAAUGAUAUUUUACUUCGGCCUUUCCGACAUCGAAGCUCACAUUCUAGAGGCUGCAAACUCUACGCUCGUCAUGUAUGGAGAACAAAAGGCAGUGACGGAUUCGUGGGAUACAAUUCAACGUUUGGGGAAGUGUUGUGGCAUCAAUGGACCUGAUGAUUACGAAUACACGGCGUGGGCAAAUGAACACAUAGACCAGGGCUUCCCCGAUAGCUGUUGUACGACAGAAAGCCUAGAAUCCGCGAAAUACAUCAAUCUAACCUUAUGCCAUGACGAAAACCCAGACUACUUCAAUGGCGAGGGUUGUGUGACCGCACUGAAAGACUUUGUGACAAACAACGUAUACAUAGCUGCUGGCAUCGCUGUUGGAGUGGCGGCACUACAGUUGAUUGGUGUAAUUGCUGGUUACUGUUUGUGCUGUGCCAUUGAGUAAAGACAAUCAUCUCUACUAGUAUCUGACUACACCACCCAUUUUGUAUUUUAUGCUGUGACCCUCGUCCCUUCGAAUGACGUAACUACUUGUAUAUGCAAAUUAGAUGACCUGGACGAUUCACCAGUCCUGUAGUGUGCAUUGAUCACUUCACCUUGAUAACUUUUCAUUUAUUUAAUUCUUUGUGUAGACAUCGAUUUAUGGUUUCGUUUUGUUUAAUAUUGCUCGCAUUGUUAUUUACAAAUUAACUGUAAGUUGUAGUAUCCUGAAAGCGAAGACUGAAGUAUGAAAUCUCCGUUCUUUGCUGAUUAUCGUGUAUUUCCGAUUCAUAGCCAUCAAUGAUGACAGUAUUCAGUACUUUACAAAUAUCAUUAUGCGCUACAGGCUUGUAACCAAUACUUACACAUGAUACAUGUAACAAUACACCAACAUAUAAAUAAAUAACUGUUAGGUCAUAAAACCCGCAUUGAUUCGCCGACUGGAGGUUGACCACGAAGCACAAAUUACCUACAAAUGACCCGUAUUGGUUCCAUUUUUCCUAUAUACAAUAUAUAUACAAUUAUAUACAAUUCGAUAAUAUUUUUUUAUUAUAUAAUGAAUCGCUUUAUUACUAUAUUAUAUGGCCCAGCAUAGUACUUAGUACACACUCUCUGUCGCAGAUAUGUAUUCAGCUAACUUGACCAUCUCUUCGUACGUCCCUUGAUCACAUUGGCGCCAUAUGUCAAGGGCUUUCAAAGAUCAGACCACCAGAGGUUGUGUGUUGUAGGACUGCGUCGUUAAACUGAAAAUAAUACGUCGAACACAUUCAUUAGUACUAUAGAUGCAUUAAUUAUUCUCUUAGUUUUAUUUUAGCUUAUGGGUAAAAUCCGUGAACAUAUAAACACCAAUAGAACUCGUUAUUUCCCUGCCAUAAUCUCGAGCAUAAACCUAGUGAAUAUCCAAAUAGUGAAAUUAAAUGACAGUGGAAAUAUAAGGUUUUACAGUAUGUUCCAUUUUAUAAGUACAGGUAUAAUUCCAUUUUUUGCAUUUUUAUGGAAUGGGCACCUUAUUAUUUUUGUAAAUUAUUGCUUAUUUUGUCUUGACGGAUUUCCUGUCGUGUUGGUUUUUCAUUAGUCCACAAAUUAAUAUCUCAGUGAUUGUACUAUAUUCUUAUUUGUUUUGUUUAAUGAAUAAUUAUAUGUUAUAUUAAAAUGAUUGUGUCAGAGUUAUUAAAUACAACUGAUAUCUAUAUGAAGUUCGUAGUUGUCGAUAAUGCGUUUAUUAUCAAUGAGGGUCGGCAAGGGGUAUUUACGUAAGCUGUAACCAAUUGUUUUUAUUUUCGUAAUAAUGUAAUUUAAAUAAAUAAAAAAAAACGUAAAUUCGUAGACAUAGGCAAGGUGUGAAAUGUAAUCAGCUAUUUUAUUCGUCUGUAAUUUGUACAAAGAUAUUAAUUUUUGUAAGCGUAUAAAACAUUUUCCAAAUUAAACGUAGUAAUUUCCAAUUUUGAUUCGUAAACUCAAAUUAUCAAAAAUAUUAUAAAAACGUAAAAUAUAA